UAACUAUUGAUCAAAUUGUAUGUGAAUCAUUGAGUAACAACGUAGCAUGAUUCUGUGGGUAAGGCCCCAUUACGCUCAAAAGACUACAAAUCGGAAUGGGACAAUAUUUUGCCAUCCUAAAAUCCUGUGCUUUUCAUGUAUUCUGUCAAAUUCAUUAAUGUUCAUUAAUGUUUCGCAACCUUAUUGAAUUUAUUGAUAACGUGGUAAAUUACUUAUCAUUUGAUUUUCCUUAAAAUUGCCGCUUUCGUUUUGUUAUCUGAAAUUUCUAAUCUAAGGCAUCAUGGCAGUGCUAAAUGCACAAACUUCCAUUGACGAGUGUGAAAAUUCAAAAUUGUGACUGAUCACAUGCUUCUUCCUUUGCCACCGGGCUUUUCACGUCGGUGUUCGCGGCCAAAAGUGGAGGGGUGGCCUUUUCACCCUUCUCAACCCCUUUUCCCGUUGAAAUGCAGAAAACUCUCUCUCACAUUAUAAUCCCAUAAGAGAAAAAGAAGAUCGAAGUGAAAGCCCAACAUUCUCUUUUCUUCCGUUAUCUUUAUUAAAAGAAGGUUUAUAGGUACACCGUUUUUUCAUUCGAUGGUGGCAAGGUCUCUGGCAUCAUCACCAGAUGUUUUUGUGUUGAUUGAUCCUGACACCAUUCUUCUACCAAACUUUAUUCCACUCUUGCAUAUGCUUACAAGCUAGACCAAGAUUGGUUUCUUGGUUGUUUCAUUACAAACUAUUUUGCAUUUUCAUUUUCAUUUGGACUCAAGUGGGAAACUUUGGAUAAUCAAUGACGGACAGAUAAACUUACCUUGGUGACUUUAUUCUGGCUUCUACUAUAUUCACCGGCUUAUAUUAUGCUCAUCGGAUGGUAUAACCAUUGCAGCAUUGGAGAAAGUAGGGAAGCAUGAAGUUAAUUCCAAUCUCUCGGAACAGCUGAGCUUUUGUGACACAUUAUUUGUGGGGAAGGUGGGUCUUGCCAUAUAGGCAAUAGCAUAUGCUUGAAGCCUGAAACAAAUUUGAAAGUAUAUUUCUUGAAUAGAUACCUGUUUCCAAAUGUUGCAUGCCAAGGUCUGUGGGAGGAAAUAAACAUAAAAGAAGCCUGUACGAACAAGGGAUGUUAUAUUUUCCAUAACAACAGGAUUAGUGGAAGGAAGAGUUAUCAGGGCUAUGGGAGUACGAUAUUGGCUCAAGAAUAUCAGCCUAUUUGGGAGUGAUUUUUUGGCCCAAAAAAUUGAUUUUGUGACUGUUAUUUUAAUAUUCCAACCGUCAUAUUUGACUUCUUCUCUUACAAGUGGACCCUACUUUUUUCCUAACGGUCUAAAAAAUCAAUUCUCAAAAUCACUCCCAAACAGGCUCUAUGUCUACAAAGCUGACCUAGAACUAGUUCACAAGUUUUUUUUGAAAGAGAGAUGAUUUUCUAUAUUUGAUCAUGGGUAGCUUUGUCUUUCAUAUUAUGGAGGAGAAAUCGAAGAAUCAAUUUUUGUCAGAUAUGCUUCUAUCUACAAAACUUUGGAUUUAUCAAUGGUUACAUUUGAGAUGGGGCCAAAAAAGCUGGCCAAGAAAAAAGCAAAAUUUAGUUAGUUUUAUAUUCUUCAUCCACACCGGUUCACAAUUUUUUCUUGGUUGGACCAUUAUACUUACAACUGUAAUGGGAUAUUCUGGUUGCCGGCAAUGCUGAAGAGAUGUGUUCCUGUUUUAGGUCUCAUUCGGUGUUAGACAGUGAAUCCUGGAGAAAGGAAGAGUCGAAAGAGGAAACAGUCUCAUUCAGCUCUCAUAUAAAAAAUACUUCUGUAAGGAUAGUUCAUGCUGGUGGGAGAAUUGAGCUCUAUCAAAAUGCAAUUCCUGCAUCUGAAUUGAUUAGGAGAUAUCCUGGGAUGUGUAUAGCGCGGCCUGGUAUCUUCAAGCGCCCCCAUGAAUCUGUUUUAUAUGCUGAUGACAUAUUAUUGCCGGGCAACAAAUAUAUUAUCAUCCGAUCUACUACAGUAGAGAAAUUGAAACGCAGACACUCACGGGAAGGGAAUGUAAAUCAACAAGCUGGUAGUGAUGAGCCUAUCUUAGAUUUUAAAGAAAUUAAAGAUGUUGGGGAUAAUUUUUCAGAAGAAUCCUUUCGUUCUGCUAGAGACUUCUAUAUCUCUAAAGACAGUUGGUCAAACCAUUUUCUGAAGAAACACGUGAAAGAGAAGAAGCCAUUUGUACCCCCAAUACAGAGGCCAAGAAUGUGGAAGGAAUCCAGUUGGGAGCCGAAUCUAACUUCAAUACAGGAGCUAUCUCCAUGAGUAUCCCUGUUUCAGAUUCUAGAUGUACUUAUACUACUACCAUUCUCUGGUAUGUAGAUUUCUCCGUGCUCUUAAAAAGUUGGUCACUAGAUCUUUGAGAAAGUGAUCGUCAAGAUCAUUUUACACUCUUGUUAUGUUCUUUGUAUAGCCUUCAAAAGUCGAUUAAAAGAUCCUUGAAAGAGUUGCCUAUGUUCUAUUGACUGGUAUAUCUAUUUGCUAAAUUUCUUUCUAAACUGCAGAUAUUUUCAUAACAAUUAUCUGCUCAAAAACAUGAAUUCUAGAUCAAUCACAUGAUCCUAUCAUCUUAUGUUGGAAUAAGUGAAGGCAAGAGGGAUGUAAGAAAAGAAUUGUAUUCUGGAUCUUGACUUUCUAGUCAUACUAUGUUCCUUUCGGGAUCUUUCUGUUCUUCA